AUGGCGCCCCAAACGAGAGCUCGAGAUCGUCUCCGCCAGACAGCAACGACAACAUCACGCGAAUACCACUCGUCACCUAUUCCGCAACAAGUCCACUUUCCAGCCCGAAGUAGAGUCGUCAAGACAUAUGGCAAAAAAAACCCUUCACGAACCGCUUUGCGACAGCAAACCUUGACACAGAUCGGCUUCCCCUUGAGCAUGCAACCAGAAACCGAUGGGUCCGAACUGCUGGAGGAUACGCUCGAAACCGAAACACCUGUUCCGACUAUGAACAAGAAGAAGAAUGGUCGAGAUCCCAAGCGAAGGAAGACAAUGGGCGACACUCCCAACCCGAGUUCAUCUUUCCACACACAGACGCUUACGCAGUUUCUGUCUGUUGGUAAGGAGGAGGACGAGGAUGAGGACGAUAAGGAUGACUUGUUGAUUAAGGAUUCCCAUGACGAGGAUGAUUAUGAUGACGACGACAACAACAACAACAACAACAACAACAACAACAACAACAACAACAACAACAACAACAAACAAGUCAAUCUGGACGACAUUUACGAUUUACCAAAGGACGAAUCACCGGAGCUUACAUCGGAAAAGAAGCCAGCGAUCAUGGUAAACAAACCAACAAGGAGUGUCAAGGGGAAGGUGAAGGCCAAGGCCAAGGCCAAAGGGGGGAAAGCGAAAGCUAAGGAAGAAGCACCGCCCAACAGUGCCGCAUCAGCAGUACCACAGACACCGAGUACCAAGAGGAUGACCAAGGUCAACAUAGACGAGGUCCCUUCUUCGCAACCCACACCGUUUACACCCAUGCUGGAUUUGGAUGUGAGAUACAGUCCUAUCGAAGAAUACAGGUCACCUCUGAAGAACAAGUCUACCAAUACCGGUACCGACACCGAAACCAUCUCCAUCUCCAAACUGCCCAGGAAUAUGGUAAUCCAGGACUCCUAUAGUAUAGGAGGCGGAAGCAGUCCCUUUUCCAUCCAUCAAUCGCCUGGGCCUUCGCCGCUCAAGAAGACUCCCAUGUCGAUCAGGAGUAAACCCAAGCGUCAGCCACUAGCCGAGCUACCUGUUCCUGAAGAGGACGAAUCGGGCAUGUCGGAAGGUGAGGAGCAAGCUACUCCAACAAAACCCAGAGCUGGUGGAUCGUCGGCAGUGAAGGCAAGCAGCAGCGGCGGGAAGAAACGUGCCUUUGUAGAGAUCCCGGAUUCAGAUGAUGACCUUGAGAGUUUUGGGUCGUCGUCACCUGUUAUGAGCAGGAUCAUGAUGAAGACACCCACGCACCAGAGAGUUACUGCGCCCCCGCCGCCGCCGGACUCGGCGAAGGAAAACCGGACUCCUAAAGAGAAGUCACAUGCAGGGGAAGAUGAAGCAGAGGUGAAUGCAGAUGAGGAGAUGGAGAUGGAGGAACCGGGUACACCGACACCCACUGCUAGGCGCAAUGAGCUGCGGUCCCGAGAGGUUCCGUCAUCCAGCGCUGAAGAUAUGGAUUAUGAGAGCGAUGAAUUUCAGCUUUCGCCGGUGCGAAGUAGUUUACGGCAAUCAAGCCGCGAGUUGGGGAAUUCUAGUCAGCGCGGUGCUGUCGAUGAGUCCACUGUGAAUACAAAAUCUCGCGGUGACACGUCUCACAUCACUCGCACACCAACUACGAAACGGAGGGUGCAGACCGAGCUGCCUUCCAGGAGUGACCAAGACAAUGCUUCCGCCGUCGCCGACGACGACGACGUCGAGGUGCUUAAAGAGACACCCCAUCGCAAACCCGCCAUUAACACCAAAAAGCCAUCCUUGUCCUCCGCCGCUGCCGCCGGUCGGCGUAAGGUUGUACAUAUUCAGCUACCACCCCCAAGCACCGCAAAGGCAGCAGCUGCGGAGAAGGAGCAAGAGCAACAAGCUGAAGAAGAAGACGAAGACGAAGAGAUCCUCAAAGAAACUCCCCACGCAAGACCACACGCUUUGCAAAAAUCUCCCCUCGCCAAAGACCACGAGUUCCGCCCACAUGUGUUACCGGCCGUCAGGGUGUGGUUCUAUGCUACGGAACCCGUGAACGAGGUCAGGUACAUGGCUACGCUUGGAGCACCCCAAAAGCCGGGAGAGAUUGAGGGCGGGAGCGGGAUGGGGAAUGAGGAGUUCAAUCGCGGGGAGAGUUACUAUGUCAUGCCUGUUGUUAGCAGCAGCGGAGCUAGCUUUGGUGGGAGUACUAGCAGUGGAAGUACAAUGAGAAGCACUAACAACAGUGCUGGCGAGCGGAAUAAGUUUGCGCACAAGUUGGUGCAGGUGUAUCAACUGAAUAACCCGGUCAAGAAGGAGGAGUUGGAGGAGCAUGGGUUUGGGAAGGGUCUGCCGACGAAGUACAGGCUUUUGCCGCCUGCCGCGGUAGGGGAUUUGCUGGCGAAUUUGAGGUGUGCGCUUUUUGAUGAGGAGGGUGAUGAGGAGAAUGGAGAGGAGGAUGAGGAGGAAGGCAAGCUUGAGGCUAUCGAGGAAGGAGACGAAGAGGAGGAUGAGGAUGAGGUGAUGGGCAAGACAGCAGAGAGUCAACCCGACCAAGGAGUAACUAUCUCCCAAGAGCUGGAGCAGCAGUUGCGAAGCGACAUCAUUCGCUCGACGCAGAUGAUGCUCUCUGAGUCUGAUGAUGCGAGACUGCCCGGCGAAGCAGGAGAAGCACUCUUGCGGCACGAGUCGACCAUAGCUUCCAGCCCGCAAAGACCUCCUAAACCUACACGGGAACGGGUGACUUCGAGUGGGAGUAAGAAAAAGAAGUCUAGAGAUAGUCAACCUCCGAGAAUGACGGUGACCAAGGUCACGAAGAAAAAACAAGUGCUGGUCACAACGAAGAAGUUUCAGUUUGCGGAACUGGAGAUGGAGGAUGAUGAAGAUGAGGAUUUGGAUGUGGACAGGGGAGGGAUGAAAACCCCUCCUGCUGCCUUGCCUCCUCGCUCACGACCGGCAGCUACUUCGGCUUCGACUUCGACUUCAGUUUCAGCUUCGACAUCAAAGCCCAACACCGCACGCAAAGCCAGCGGUAGCCGCAGUGCCAGUAGCCAAACGACCCAAACCCAAACCCAAAGUCAGACCGAAACACGACAAACCCGUCGCCAAAGCCAGCGGCUCACGGGUAGUCAGCAUCAGCACGAAACCCAAAGCCAACCGCAAGUCAACAAGACAACGACAGCAAAAGCUCUACAAGAAAAGGCAUCAAUGCCACCACCCCCUUCGCCUGCUAAACCCCGUGGCGGCAGUAGCAGCAAAAUCACCACCAGCGCUCUUGCAAAAUUCAACAAAGCAACCACCACUUCAACCACCCGCGCCUCAACCUCCCUCUUCGGUACAGCUUUCAGUGUCGGCGGCCACAACAACCCCAAUUACAACACCGCCCGCCCAUCGCAAGCGACAACAGCCAGCGGACCUUCGAGUCCAAUCAUUCCGACCCGACCAGACGAGGAGGAGGUGCAAGAGGCAUCUCUCCCGCAGCUGUCACAUACAGGUCAAGGUCAAGGUAGAGGCGUAGGCACGGGCACGGGCACGGGUAGGGGUAGGGGUAGGGGUAGGGGUCGUAGACCGCAGUCGCAGUUGCAGUUGCACCACUCUGAGUCACUGACAGCAUCCGCAUCCGCAUCCGAGUCCUCAGUCAUCAGACCGACGGUGCCCGAUGACGGUGAUGAUUCGUAUAUUUUGUUGUUGUCGAGUUCGUCGAUUGAUGUACCGGAGGAGGGUAGUUUCACGCCCACAGCAGCUACGAAUCGUGCAGGAAGAAGUCAAACUCAAACUCCCGGUAGUGGAAGAAGCAGAGGUUUGGGACGACUACCGUUGAGUAGUUCCCAAGCUAUCGCGUCACUGGCACCGGAUAGUUUAUUGGUGGAUGUUGAGGGGGUGAGGGCCCCGCCGGAGUUGGUUGUUUGGGAUAGUGAGGAUGAGGGUCGUGAGGAUGAGGAUGAGGAUCGGGGGAGGGAGAGGGAUGAUGAUGAGACGGCUAGUGAGGAUGAUGGGGAUUUGAACUGA